GCCAUCUCAACUAUCACAACUAACUCACAUAACGUCCAAUAAUAACAAUCAAGCUAAUAAUAUCAAUCGCUUUUAUUACAUCUCGCCAAUAUACAGCAAUUCAUCUCAUAUCAGCGGGGACUUGGGAUCAUACAGUACAUCAAACGGAAGAGCAGAUGUGCCGAUCAAUUCCGCAUAAUUCUAACCUAAGUACUAUCUAACCACAUCUCUGAUAUCAAGGAGCACUCGGAAAUAGAAUAAAUGAGCAGGCCAUGCAUUAAUUACAAGCUUUUCAGCAUUCGCCCUUGUACAUAUUCACAGAUCAACAAAGCCGGUCCUCUGGUAUCUCGGACGUUUUUCUCAUCGGCGAAACAUACAACUACCGGGAGCGUCAAGAUGUCGCCUUUAUCACCAGAGUCAGCGAAAGCAAUAGCAAGGCUGCGUGCAUACAAGCCUCCCCCCAGCAGUUAUGGUUCAUUACCGCUCAGUCGGCGGGCUGCAGUACUGAUUCUACUGUAUGCUGAUCCUGAAGGAGAGCUGAAGACUGUUCUCACUAUUCGGGCAAAGACUUUAAGUUCUUUCGCUGGCCAUGCUGCAUUCCCAGGGGGCAAAGCAGACACCGAGAACGAAACCGCCUUCGAAACAGCCCGACGCGAAGCCGCUGAAGAAAUAGGUUUGCCCAACAUAGGCAAACCACUCUUCCCGCCAUUCAAAGUAGAGCAUCUCUGCGAACUACCCGCAAGUCUGGCCAGAAAUGAACUUGUUGUCAGACCGUGUGUCGCAUUCCUACACUCGUAUAAUGAAACAACUGGUGAAACGGCCGAUCCGGAGACGUCAUUGAUCCCGAGACUGGAUGCCAAGGAAGUUGCGGCUGUGUUUACGGCGAGGUUUCAUGAUUUCUUGAAGAAGGAUAUUGAGCAUGCUGCUGGAAAAGAAGGAGAUGAUGAGGACGGGCCGGGUGAUUGGUAUCAGGGUUCAUGGACGACAUGGCAUGAAUCUGAUUGGAGAAUGCACAAUUUCUACAUCCCCAUUUCCGAGAAGAGCAUCACCAAACCCAGACCCCAGACCAGACUAAAAUCCAUCCAGAAAAGAAUCCAAGACGUCGCCAUUACAAAAUUAAAAGAACGCGAACGAUCAGGCGAAUUAUCCCGCUACAAGGUAUGGGGCAUGACGGCUCGGAUCCUGGUAGAUGCGGCUCGGUUGGCGUAUGAUGAAGAACCAGAGUUUGAGCACAAUAGUCAUUUUGGGGACGAGGAGAUUAUUGCUAAGUUAAGAAGGAUCGGGAGGUUGGGUGCCAUUAGACGACCUGGGGAUGAGCUCACUCGUGAGACAAUGCGGAAAGCUGCGAAGCUUAGUUGAUAAAUAAA